CUCGCGACUUUUCAGCAAGUAUGGCUUGAAAUCGUUGUUUUAAAAUAUUUAAAUGUCGUGAACUAUAAGUUAUAGCUAAAAAGCUUGUAAAAACAGUCUUGCCAAUUACUAGUUAAAGUCUUAAGUGAUCGUGGGUUUUUUCACAUUAAUUCUUGCUAGUUUUAACAUUUAAAAAAAAGUGAACUUAUCAACAAGUGGAUUUUAAAAUUGCAUUAAAAUUGUAGCAGUUGCGUUUGUUUUAAAAUUUGUAAACAUUUUGAAACUAGUUUUAGUGAAUUUUGAUGAGAAAGCCAUAAAAAAGUAAUUGGAUCAGUGCUUCUCUCCUAAUUAACCCAAUUUAGCUAGGUCAAAACAACACUUAUGACAAAGAGAAUCCAAUGAAACUAAAAGUAAAAACCCAAUCAAAGCUAACAUUUUAGUCCUGGCAACCAGUUUAUAUCCCCGAAGUCAUAGAAGUUGGCACAAAGAGUUGGCCUGGCCGGAAAAACCACAAGCACCAAAGACAGGAGGCCACGGGGACGAUGAGAGUGGCACCAUAGACAAAGUGUAUCAAUUAUAAUACGGGCACAAGGCGAAGAAUCCACAGCCAGGGCGCCAGGAGCCAGGGUCUAGGAGUUAGAAAACAGGAACCAGGAGUAGGAGCUAUCAUACACAGGGAAAAACUACUAACAAAUAUUGAUUUUCUGCGAGCCAACCACACUGACACACAGAGCCAUGUUGGCUACGACAAGUACAACCACAAUUACCUCGGAUCCGGGCAUCCUCUGUUUUCAUCAUUGCAACGUGAAAGUUUUCUGCUUCACUUUGCCGCACACUUGUCCCCAAUGCAAUGCCCCACUGGACGCGGAUGUGGAUGCGGAUACGAGUGCGGAUGCUGAUGCAGAUCCAAAUGCAGACCUAGACAGAGGCGGGCCACGUCAUCUACUCCUCCUGCCCUUUCGCCUGCCAUAUCCCUUUGUGCGGGCCACACAGCAUCCGUGCGCCAUUGUCCUCCGUCCCUCCGCCGGCGAUUUCCUCAACGAUUACAACAAUGCCACCGAUUUGCAUAUCGCAGUGACCACAUCCGGCGGCGACAUCGUGGAGUUCGAUCGCUUUGGCCUGCGCCGUCAUCGGCGGGAUGAUAAUCCGACGGAGUGGAGGCAAUCGCUGUUAGUGGGCGAUGUACCGGAGCCGUGGCACGACUUUUGGGACGAAGUCCUGCAGCAGAUUUGCGCUCAGUCGGUGCGGUGGUCCAUCGCCAGUUAUGCCGAAGAGAGCCACAAUUGCUAUGCCUUUGUCUUGGCCUUCUUGCAAGCUUUGGGCCACGCCCAGCUAAGCGAGGCCGCCCGCAGUAAGACCGCCUUCUGUGAACAAUGCAUUGUUCCCAGGACAACGACGGCGGGGAAAUACAUCUCUCUGUAUCGCAAAAUCCGCAGAAGUGGAAGCUACGUACAUCGCCAGCAAGCCAAAACUCGCAAUAAGACAGCAACUUUAACUUCUUCAAGUUCCUAUUCCUCGGAUAUAAACGAUGGCGUUGGCAGCAGGAAAAAGGUCUCAAAAAAAGGAUACUCAAGCAGCAGUAUUGCCGGAAUUUCCAGUAGGACACAGCCAACUCUCUGCACUAUCGAAGAGUGAUUAAGUCAAUGGGGGAAAAUCUUUAAUGUGUCUAUCUUAAUGUAAAAUCUAAAAACUGUAGAAGAAUUAAAACGAAAUGAUCUUGUAUAAAAUUUAAAAAUGCUUUUUCUAUUUA